AUGACGACAAGAAUAAUGCGCUCGAUGACGACGACGACGACGUCCUCGUCCUCGUCGCGAAGAGUAACUAAAAUCUCCUCACCGUCAUCGUCUUCCUUUUCUCGCAGAAGAGCGUUGCUUUUUGGGAGUUCGGCGGCGUUUCUGCGCGCAUCUUUGCGCGCUGACGCUUUGGAUAACGACGACGACGAUUCAGACGAGAAUGAGAAAGAAAAACGAGCUUUACAAAUCAUCCUCGCCAGCACAGACGACGCCUUAGAUUUGAGCCUACCUCGAAACACGAAAGGGUGCGACUUAUACGAGCGGUCAAAACAAGUGGACGACGCCGUGGAGACUUUAGUCAAGUUGAAACGAAACGGGAAGAAAAUGAGUUUGUCAAACGGCAAAGCGGAUGGUGUGUGGGAGGUGUUUUACGCGCCGCACAUCGAACGAUUGAGCAGACCUAUAGGAGUGAAAGCGAAACCGCUGAGAUACACGAUAGAGAAGAAUAGAAUCGUGAGCGAUGUUUCGCUGACGACGAACAAACCGUUCGAGACGCAAAGUUGGUGGUGCGCGAGCGGGAGUUUGAAGGAGUCCGCCAGCGAGAAGGAGGAGGUGUCGUUAAAGUUUACGGACUUUUGGGUGUCGUUAGGGGCAGAGUUACCGACGACGUCUCCAAACGAGACGGUAGAAGCGGACGCUUUUGAUAAGAUGGUUCAGAAAUUGGGAACGGUUGGAUUCAUCGAACAGUUGGGUGCGUUUCCGGUGUUGUAUUAUAGCGACGACGUGUGCGUCUUUAGAUUUCCGCCUUUGCAAUCGAACAUCGCGGCGAGAAGGGUAGCCAAACUCUCGGAUUGGGAGGAAGAGGAACUGGAAGAGGACAAUAGCUUAGAUACACACCGGAGUUUUCUAAAUGCUAGUUAG